ACGAGUUGUUAUUUUUUAUUAGUAAACACGUGUCAUUAAGGUUACAAUUUUUUACUCUACUUAAAUUUUUUAACAUAAAUUUAAUUAAUAAUUAAAAUUAUAAUUAUUAUUUUAAUAAAUUAAUUAUAAAGUUUUUAUAAAAAUUUAAAUUAAAAAAUAGUAAAAUGAGCUGUCAAAAAGGUAAUUCGAAUCGCAACAGACCACAAAAGCAUCAAAACAGACAUGCGUUUAAAAAUAAUCUACAUGACACUUCCCAUACGACAAAGGCGAUAAAUAAAAUUCAGGUUGUCAAUGUCUGCGAGAAGUGCAAGAAAGUUAUUGAGUGGAAGAUCAAGUACAAGAAGUACAAGCCGCUAAAAGCUCCGGGUAAAUGCUGCAAGUGCGAGCAGAGAUGUGUCAAACAUGCGUAUCAUAUUAUGUGCGGACCUUGUGCCAGCAAGCUGGAGGUUUGUCCCAAAUGUGGAGAUAAAACGGAGCUUGUCAAGCCAGAAGUCGAAGACAAACCUCUGACCCUAGACAGAGAACUUCGGCUGAUGUUAAAGACACUGCCUGAGAGACGCAGAAGAACUUUUUUGCGUUACAUGAACAGAAAUGGCGUUAAAAAGGAUGCAGGGAAACCUGGUGACUCUAAAUACGAAGAUGAUGAAGAUGAAUAUGAAGAUGACGAGUCAAAUUCCGACACCGAAACACUGACUGCUGAAGAAGCUCCGCUGACUAGGGAUGAUUUGGUCAAUAAAUUAAAAUCUUUGAUGGUAAUGAAGAAGAACAAAAAUGUUGAUGACUCGGAUUGCGACUCUGACGAACAUGAAACGUCAACUUCUAGCUCUAGUUACAGUGAUAAUGACACUAAUAAUGAUGGGAGUAGUGAUGAUGAUGAUGAUGGUGAUGAUGAUAAAAAGUAAUUGUAGGUUUUGUUUUUUUUUUUAAC